CUGAUUCAAUAACCUAAGAGCCAAUAAAAAAACACACCGAUAAACUGCGGCGGUUAGGAUUGACUCUAAGCACCGCAUCUCGCCGGUUCCCGCAGUUCUGCCGGAUGUUUAUGUUUCCAUGGCUAUACUGUAUGGAGAUGAAGGAGUACUCCUGCUGCAAGGCACUGGCAGGGUAGCCUGUAACUUUAAAGAAAGGUCAGUGCGAUGACAACGAUGACAGAGUUACACCAGGCUGUCGCAUCUGAGGACUACGAUCUGGUGCAAGAAAUAGUAAAGAGUAAGAGAUGCAACCCCAACCAGAAAGACGUCGACUGGGACUACAGGACGCCACUCCACUGGGCAGCCGCAAAAGGACAGGCAGACACAGUAAGGAUCCUGUUAGAGCACGGUGCAAAGCCCUGCCUGAGAACUGCUACAGGCUGGACCCCUGCCCACUUCGCCGCAGAGUCAGGGAGGCUGGGGGUGCUCCGGCUGCUGCACUCCGCCCACGCCCCCAUCGACACGGAGGACUGCUCCGGAGACAGACCCUUGAGGAUCGCGCAAAUUUACGGACACAAGGAUUGUGUGGAAUUCCUUAAAACAGCAGAAGAGGAGUGCAAAGCGUACCGCAAGCUGGCCCAUCUCAAAGGCAUCGUCUUCGAGGACAUAGACGAGGAAUGGGAGGAACAAAAGAGAGAAAUCGAGCUAAACAGACAUGCUAAACAAAAUACGAUUUGUGAUUCAAAACGGAGAAUGACGUUACAUCCCGUAAAAACGAAAGGCAAAAAACAUGUUUGGAAAAUGUCCACGCCAAACAAAUAGCGCAUGCACUUACUCUAGUUAAAAUAGCCACCCAAGUGAAAUUAGGAAUUAGGAAUUGUUUGGUAUAAAAAACUAACCAUUUAUUAUCAUUGCAGUUACAAGUUUUUUGGUAACAGGUUAGGUUAGGUCGUGUUUCAUUACCAUGAUCUUUAAUCUAGCACAUGGUUGUGAUCCACCUAACUUGAUGUUUUUGGACUGUGAGAGGAGAUUAAUGGGGAAAAUGUGUAAAACUCACACUGUCAACUGGGGGAAGGAAUCUAACCCCUAAUGCAGGAGUUGUUAAGCCAAAAUGCUACCCAGGGGUGCGUUUCUCCAAAGCCUAUUAACGCUAAGUAGUUUAUCUUGCACUUAAGAUCAGUCCUUAGGAAGUGUUUCUUGAAUCCUUUCAUAACUACUUAAGCUAUACUUAGUGUAAAGAAACUACAAAGUAUAAAGCUAAAAAAAGAUACUGCACUGUCGAUAACAGGUACAAGAAACCAAACCUGGAUCCAAGCGAUUUGGCUAAUUACCAACCUAUGUCUAACCUUCCAUUUAUUUCCAAAACCUUAAAAAUAGUACAUACUAGUCGGCUAUCUCUGUUCUUGCAAAAGAACAUCAACGAAGUAAUGACCAUGACAUUUAAUUGGCAAGGCUGGAGUCUUUGGUAAUGUUAGAGAACAGCCACUGGUCUGGUUACGCUCACAUCUAACUCACCGUAAGCAGUUUGUUCCUCUGAUUCAGAAAGAGGUAUGAUGUCCUGCAGGGUUCUGUCCUGGGUUUACUACUGCUCACCUUAUACAAUAAGGAACACCCUGCAAUUUUGCAAGUUCUCCCACUUAGAAAUCAGGGAGGGGUCUGAAAUUCACAUUGUAGGUGCAUCCCCACUGUGAGAGGCAGCAUUAAAAAACACACACAUUGUAUGAUUUUUACAGAAUUUAUUUGUAUUGCACUGCUGCACAUAAAGUAUUUGAACACCUGAGAAAAUCAGUGUUAAUAUUUGGUACCAAAGCCUUUGCUUGCAGUUACAGAGGUCAAACGUUUCCUGCAGUUCUUGACCAGGUUUGCAGACACAGAUGCAGCAGGGAUUUUGGCCCACUCCUCCACACCGAUCUCCUCUAGACCUGUCAGGUUUCGCGGCUGUCACUGAGCAACAUGGCGUUUCAGCUCCCUCCAAAGAUCUUCUAUUGGAUUUAGGUCUGGAGACUGGCAGGCCACUCCAGAACCUUGAUAUGCUUCUUACGGAGCCACUCCUUGGUUAUCCUGGCUGUGUGCUUCGGGUUGUUGUCAUGUUGGAAGACCCAUCCACGACCCAUCUUCAAUGCUCUGACUAAGGGAAGGAGGUUGUUGCUCAAAAUCUCACAAUACAUGGCCCCAUUCAUCCUCUCCUUAAUACAGUGCAGUCGUCCUGUCCCCUUCGCAGAAAAGCACCCCAAAGCAUGAUGUUUCCACCCCUCAUGCUUCACAGUAGGAAUGGUGUUCUUGGGAUGCAACUCCUCCUCCUUUUCACUCCAAACACGGCAAGUGAAGUUUACACCAAAAAGUUCUAUUUUGGUCUCAUCUGACCACAUGACCUUCUCCUAUGCCUCCUCCGGAUCAUCCAGAUGGUCAUUGGCAAACUUCAGAUGGGCCUGGACAUGUGUUGACUUGAGCAGGGGAACCUUCUGUGCAAUGCAUGAUUUGAAACCAUGACGGCGUAGUGUUCUACCGACAGUGACCUUUGAAACUGUGGUCCCAGCUCUCUUCAUGUCAUUGAGCAGCUCCUCCUGUGUAGUUCUGCGCUGAUUCCUCACCUUUCUUAUCACCUCUCACAGUGUCAAUACACCUACAAUGUGAAUUUCAGACCCCUCCAUGAUUUAUAAGUGGGAGAACUUGCAAAGUCGCAUGGUGUUCAAAUACUUAUGUUCCUCACUGUAUAUGCUGCCCCUGCAUGGGGAUAUUCUUAGAAAACAGCUUUACGUAUCUGUUGUAACAGGUGCUUCAGCUGUCAAAGAUUGAGCGACACUUGGCUGAAGCUGGGAAUUGGAUGGCCAGUAACUUCCUUCUGUUUAAAUUCUGACAAAACAGAGGUAUUUCUACUUGGCCCUAGGACAGCCCAGGGUGUUGUCGACAUCAUAAAGUUCAACAGCUGCCCAGUCAGUGUGAGCAUAGUGGUUAAAAGUCUUGGUGUCACUAUUGACUCAGCCUUGUCUCUGGGCAUGGUUAGAACAGCUUUCUUCCAUCUGCAGAAUAUUGCAAAACAAUACUCUCACUUAAAGAUGCAAAAAAGUUCUACCUCUAGUCUGGACUACUGCGAUGCCCUAUUGGUUGGAUGUACAUCAACAUGAUUAAAUUAAAUCCGAUUGGUGUAGAAUGUUGCAGUAAGAGGCUCUUAUCAGUCCUGUACUGGCCUCACUCCACUGGGUUCUGGGUAGGUCUCACAUCGACUACAAACAAUACUGCUUACCUAUAAGACACCGAAUGGUUGAGCACCAGCGUAUAUUAGCAGUUAAAUGGAUUCAUAUAACCCCCUCUUGUUUGCUUUGCUCUCAAGAGAUGGGCUGCCUUGGCAAUGCCUAGAGUAGAACGAUCUUCACUCGAUUACAAAGUAUUCUGUUACGGGGCUCCAAAGUUAUGGAAUAGACUACUAGCAAUUGUCCAAGAUUCACUCACUUCUGAUAUUUAAGAUAAGGCUAAAAACUUAAUUUAGCAUAUGGUGACAAAGCUGAUAGCUAUUCCACACCCUCAGCCAAGAUAAUACUUUGUAUUCUUCUAUUUGUUACAUAGUUUUAUGAAUAUACUGCUCAAUUCUCUCUUGGAGUUCCUGAUGGAGGGCAGUUCCCUGUCUGCCCACCCAGCCUGGCUACACAUCUGUCGUCCUCCCCCCGCCUGCUGCUGUACCACACCCCCCUCCAUCCCGCCGAAGGAAG